AUGAGUGGAUUUGAAUCAGCAAUGAUGAAACAAAGGUCAAAACAAGAAAAGUUAGAUGCUGAAACAAUAAAGAAGACUCCGAUAUUGAACACAAAACUCAAAAUAGAAAUGCAUGCUUCAAAACUGUACACAAAAACAGUUUUUCAGAUGAUACAGAAGGAAAUAGAAGCCGGUCUAUAUGAUUGUUUAGUUGCCCAAAUGACUGCCGAAGAAGAGUGUCAAAUUUAUAUCAUUAAUGAGAUGUUAAAGAGGAAAGUGAAAGAGACUGGACAAAAUGUGAUUCAGUAUAAGGUAUUGCAUAACCUUAGGGAUGGUUCUGUUGUGUGUACCUGUAGACACUAUCUCCGUUUAGGUCUCCUUUGCCGACAUUGUUUCAGUGUUUUGAAGAACAAUAAUAUAGACGAAAUACACACACAAUACAUUAUGAGGCGGUGGACAAAAGGCAUCAUACCACCUGAUUUGAGAUCUAGCAGAAAUAGAUUUGACAAUGGAAAUGUUGGUACUCAAAAGUUGGUUGCUGAAGCAAGUUCAGUUUUUGAGGACUGCUUGCAUCUUGUUGUGAAUGAUGAUGAAAAACUUAAAGAGUUUCUGGAAAAAGUUAAAUCGUUGAAGUCAGAAGUUGGGGCUGUUAUGGCAAACCAACCACCAAAGAAAAAAAAUGAAGUGAUAUCAAGAAUGAUGGGUGUUGAAAAACCAGAUUCAAACGAAAUAAAAAACGCACCAGUUGGAGUGUAUAAGGGAUGUGGAACUGUUAACCGUAUAAUGGGCGGUAAGGAGAAAGGAAUAAAAGAAAGCAAUAAAAGAAAGAGGAAGUGCACUACAUGCGGAGAUACGAAUCACAACAGCAGGACAUAUGGAAAAAAGAAACAAAAAUUCAAUGAAAAAGUGAAUACUGAAGGAGCUUCAAACAAUUAG